UUCUGCAGACUCUCAUCAAUUUCGAAAAUCUUCUGGUUCCCUGGUUUUUACCUUGUGUAACAAGUGUCCCCUCCUUUUGCCCUUUCUUGACGCUUUGGCUCUUCAAAAAGGGGAGCAAAACGUUAACAAUAGUCGUACUGACUCAGAAGACCCACUCUGCUUCCUCCAAACCAACCCACUCUGCGUCCUCCGCACAGACCAAUCAUGGAUGAUCGUACUGACCCAGACGACCUCCACACCAUUCUCUCCGAACAACGCAGAGACCUUAUGGCCGCCAAAACUCUAGACUCCGACCUCGACAUGGCCUUCAAGCUCCAAAUGCAGGAGGCCAUGUCCGCCUCUCUCGCUCUCAAUCCCUCGUUGGCCUCGAGUUCGAGUUCGAGUUCGCGCAACUCUCCGCCUCCUUCGCCGCCCCACGACGCCAUUUUAGACCUCGCCGCCACGCUCAUGCUCGAGGACGUUGAGAGAUUCGCGCAGGAGUGGGAGGACCACGAGCGCACCGUUUCGGAGAUGAUGAAGACGAAGGAAGAUCUCAACCGUCGAAUUCACGAUCAGAAGUUCGCCGCCGACCUCUGCGACGUGCCAGACGACUACUGGGCCAAGCACGGCGACUAUUACGAGCGUCCGUACUCUGCGGACGAAUCGUCGUCGUCGUCGUCGACAAAAGCUGCGGCGGUGGAGACUGAGAAUUUGAGGUUGUAUUGCAAGGGUUUGGUGAGCGAGGAGAGGGUUAGGGAUAUGAAGGUGGUGGUUGCUGGGGCAGGUGUCGCGAUUUGUGACCCGAGAGACAAUCUGAUAUUCGAGGCGAGGAAGAAUCUAGAGGCGGUGGCUGAUGGUGUGGUGUUGAGCAAUGAGGCUGCGGAGCUUGAGGCCAUUAUUGAAGGGCUUAACAAAGCUCUCACCUUGGACUUGAAAUCUGUGACCUUUUACUGUGAUGACUACAUGCUUUACCAAUAUGUCACAAACAGAGUGCGUCCUGGAAACAGCAAGGUUGCAACAUUAGUCAAUCAAGUGGCUCUUCUACAAAGAAAAUUUGAAUAUUGCAGCCCUUCUCUUGUAACACGUACUGACAUUAAGUUUGCACUUAAAGUUGCUAGAGAGGCUAUAGUUUCUCAGAUCACCUGGCGUGCAGACUCUAGCAAUGGAAAGAGUUUGAAGGAGACUUGUGUAAUUUGCUUUGAAGAAACUGAUGUUGCAGAAAUGUUUUCAAUCGAUGGCUGUCUACACAGGUAUUGCUGUUCCUGUAUGAAACAGCAUGUGGAAGUAAAGUUUCUUAAUGGGAUGGGGGCAGAGUGCCCUCAUGAAGGCUGUAAAAAUGAGGUGAAUAUUGAUAGCUGUGCAAAAUUCUUGGCACCUAAACUAGUUGAGGCCAUAAGCCAAAGAAUCAAGGAAUCUUCUAUUCCGGUUACAGACAAAGUUUAUUGCCCAAAUCCCAGGUGUUCUGCAUUAAUGUCUAAAAAGGAGGUCUUAGAAUAUACCAAAACUACUUUUGUCCGUGCUGAGCAAACUGGAGCCAGGAGAUGCAUGAAAUGUCAUUACUAUUUUUGUAUCAAUUGCAAGGUCCCUUGGCACUUCAAUAUGACCUGCUAUGAUUAUAAAAGAUCACAUCCCUAUCCCCACCGAGAAGACCAAUUGCUCAACUCGCUGGCUACAAAGAAACUCUGGCGUCAGUGCGUAAAGUGCAACCAUAUGGUUGAACUUGCCGAAGGUUGUUACCACAUAACUUGCAGAUGUGGUUAUGAGUUUUGUUAUACCUGUGGAGCUGAGUGGAAGAACAAGAAAGCAACAUGUUCUUGCCGAAUCUGGGAUGAGCGUAACAUUAUACGCGAACAGCCACGACAAGCACAGCCCAUUAUACGCGAACAGCCACGACAGGCACAGCCCAUUAUACGCGAACAGCCACGACAGGCCCAGCCCAUUAUACGCGAACAGCCACGACAAGUACGACGACGACAAUGAUCGGGAUUACCAAGACUCUUGUUAGACAACAACUAAAGAUUUAGGCAAUUAGAGUGAUCUUUUGUGUUUAAGGACCACAACGUCAGAUGCUAAGUUAAAAUAUUGCCCAGCCUUUUUGUUAACUUUUGGCACAUUAGUUUUGCAUUCCUCUUUUAUUUUUGGGGGUAUCCCCCUUGACACCAUGUGGUAUGCUUUCAAUUGAACAACCAAAUCGUUGGAAUUCCUUUCC